AUUUUACUUAUUUCUCUAAAACCACCUCUAAAACCCACAUUUUUCUCAAAAUUUGACGAGGCUGCAGCACUUUCAGACCAACCCUUCUCUCUCUCUCUCCUCAACCGGAAACAUACAUUUUUGAGAAUUUUGCAGAGUCUUCUGAAGUUUGGUAACUGAUUUUCAGAGGGGAUUUGGAGAUGUCAGGAGGGCCUGGACUCGAGUCGCUUGUUGAUCAACAAAUAUCAGUUAUAACAAAUGAUGGGCGUAAUAUAGUGGGAAUCCUAAAAGGUUUCGAUCAGGCUACAAAUAUCAUUCUUGAUGAGUCCCAUGAGCGGGUCUACUCCACAAAGGAAGGUGUCCAGCAACUUGUUUUAGGGUUGUACAUCAUCAGAGGGGACAACAUAAGCAUUGUCGGAGAAUUAGAUGAGGAGCUCGAUGCGAAUCUGGACUUGUCAAAACUGAGAGCACAUCCCCUAAAGCCUGUAAUCCACUAACUGGCAAGAAUAUAUUGGAAUUAUAUUCUAGAAUUUUCUCAACUGGAUCAAUGCAAUAGUUGCUAAAACAAUUGUAAACUAAACCCAACACAAGUGAGCCUUGCCCCAAUUAAAUGAGAAUGAAACAGUGUAAGUAGAGCAAAUUUUGAUUACCAGCUACCUAUAUUGACAGGAAGAUUGCUCCCUAUUUCAUAAGACGAUCAAUCAUUUGCUGUGUUAUUUGUGUAUCA